AUGAGCGUGCUGCACCUCUCCUUCCAUCCAACGUUGCUCGACCCGCCAACGCACCACCGGUCACAGCCUACAGGCAAACAGCACACCAGCCAUCACCAGUUCGUCAUGGACAAUAACGUUGCUCCGCAGAAACGAAAGUUCGCAGUCAUCUUCAUCCUUGGAGCUCCCGGCUCGGGCAAAGGCACGAUCUGCAAUUAUCUGGCCCGCAAACACGGCCUGUUGCAUUUCUCAGUGGGAGACAAUCUGCGAACCUGGAUGAAGGAUGAAUUGAAUCGCGAAACGCCUCUCGCGGCUACGAUCCAAGACAAGCUGGACCACCAAGGAUUUCUUACGUCUACGGAGUUGAACCCAUUCCUACGCAUUGCAAUCGAGAAUGCAAUCCGGCAAGACGAUUUGAACGGGAUAUUGAUCGACGGUUUCCCGAGGUGUGAGGAGCAGCUCAUCUCGUGGGCACAGUGGCCCUUUCAAGAGCGCCUUCCUUUGGAGGGUAACGCGAAACCCGAUAUCGUCUUGUCACUCAAUGUGACCAAAGAGAACGCGGAAGCGAGAUAUCUAGCACGAGGCCGCGAUCGCAACGAUAGCGCGGAGAAGUUCACGAAACGGUUCGCUGAGUACUUGGAGGAGGGACCGCCUGUGGAACAACAGUAUCGGGAAGCAGGAUUGCUCGUCGACAUCGACAAUAAUGGAAACAAGGAAGAGAACAUUGCAAGGGUGGAGAAGAUGCUGAGAGACAGCGCAUUGUGGAACCGUGUGGUAGGCCAGGAGAUGGAGUCGGUUUUCCUCGUAUCCCCCCAAGUGCCGGAUGACGCCCAAUAG